UAGGCACGACAAGACAUUAGGCAGUGAACAGCCAUGCUGCUACACAGCUUCCCUCUCACCAUCCUCCUCCUCUCCACCAUCCCUGUCACUCCCCAGUGGGGGGCUGUGGGUGAUGAGUCUGGAGGGUCUGUGGCUGCUGCAGGGCCAGUGGUCCAGGGCAGGCCCUUCACCAUGGUCUGGAACAUGCCCACAGCGAGCUGCCAGGAACGCUAUGGCAUCCACCUGGACCUGGGGGCCUUCGACAUUGUGGAGAACCACCACCAGAGCGUCAAGGGCCAGAACAUGAGCCUAUUCUACCACAAUCAGCUGGGGCUCUACCCUUACAUCUCCCAGGAGGGUCUGCAGAUCAACGGAGGUGUUCCCCAGAGGGGCGACCUGGAGGCCCACCUGGCCCUGGCCCAGACCCAGAUCUCAGCCCUGCUCAGGACAGGGUUCAGCGGCCUGGCCGUCAUCGACUGGGAGAAGUGGCGCCCCCUGUGGGUGAGGGACUUCGGCAUUAAGCUGGAGUACCGCCGGCUGUCUAAAUCACUAGUGAGACGGGAGCAUCCAGCGCUAACUAAACAGGAAGUGAACUCCCUGGCCCGUAAGGAGUUUGAGAGGGGCACCAGGGCCUUCAUGUCUGAGACACUGCGGUUAGGAGUGCGUCUGCGACCGAGGGGACUCUGGGGCUUCUACAGAUUCCCUGAAUGCUUCAACUACUACAGGAAGCAGAAAAGCUACACGGGCCACUGCCACUCCAAGACCAGGCAGAAGAAUGACCAGCUAGCCUGGCUGUGGCGCCAGUCCACUGCCCUCUACCCUAGUAUCUACCUACCCCAGCAGCUGGCAGGGUCCUCUGAUGCCACCCUACUGGUCAGACAUAGGCUCCUGGAGGCCCUUAGGGUGGCGAACCAGUACCCAACUGACACCCAUGCCACUCCUGUACUGCCCUAUGCCAGAGUGGCAUUCGCCCACACCCUCCACUUCCUCAACAAGGUAAAGUAUAACAGUAACAUUGGAAAAUGUUUCCCAUCCCAUGACUGUGUUAUCCUUCAAAACAUACACUAACAGUGAUGCACUUAUGUUAUGAAUAUUAUAAGAAUUUACUAUUCUUUGGGUUGAUAUCACUUUGUGGCAUACAAGUAAUCAAACUAGUCUCCCAUUGAUCUUGCCAUACUGACAGUGACAUAUGAGCACACCUGGCAGGAGAUGCCAGCAAGCAAUGGAAAGAUAUUCUGUCCCUGCAUUAGACUCAAUCAUCUCACCUCAGUUGUAUGUAUAUUUGUAUGUGGUUGAUACCUGUGUGUUUGUGUGUGUGUGUGUGUGUGUGUGUGUUUUCAGACGGACCUGGAGCACACACUGGGAGAGAGUGCAGCGCUGGGGAUGGCAGGAGUGGUGCUGUGGGGGGAGCAGAGGUUCACUAAGUCAAAGGUCAGAUCCUGGAGACCUCACAGUUUGUGCAUCUACACCCACUAUAAUAUACAUACCUCUACAACCUUGAGUGUGUAUGCAGUUCAGUUUCUGUUAGAUUGUUUGUUUUUGUUCCGUAUUUGUAGAUGAAUAUCUCUUUCCCUUCCUCUCUUGGCAGCGUCAGUGUGAGAUACUGAGGGACUACAUUCAUUCUGAACUGGGGGAGUACAUCAGCUCCCUGAAGGGAGGGGUGCAGCGUUGCAGCGGGGAACGAUGCCAUGGCAACGGUCGCUGUGCCAGAAGGGACCCCUACUCUGACCACAUGAUCCCCCUCUCUGACCCUUUCUCCAACUUCCUCCCUGACCCAUCUCAUGACCUCAGCCACCUCCGCACUAACUUCCUGUGCCAGUGCUAUCAGGGCUGGGAGGGUGAGGAGUGUCAGGAAAGGAUAUCUUCAAUCACUAACACUUAGGUGAGCAGUGUCAGGAAAGUAUAUAGUCUCUAUCACCAAUAUAUAAUAUCACCUCUUUUGUUUAUUUGGUUGCAUACAGUAGCAUCAUUGCAAUUCCACCAAGUG